UCGGGCCGCCCAGGGCUCCGCCCCAAGGCCUCACUUCCGGGUCCGCGCGCCCAGCCUCGCGUCUGCUGCUAACGGGGAUUAUGGAGCGUCAGGUGCUGCCGAGUGAGCCCGAGGAGGCGGCGGCGCUGUACCGGGGCCUUAGCCGCCAACCCGCGCUGAGCGCCGCCUGCCUGGGCCCGGAGGUCACCACGCAGUACGGGGGCCGCUACCGGACCGUGCACACCGAGUGGACCCAGCGGGACCUGGAAAGGAUGGAGAACAUUCGAUUCUGCCGCCAGUACCUGGUGUUCCACGAUGGGGACUCUGUGGUGUUCGCAGGGCCUGCAGGCAACAGUGUGGAGACCCGGGGGGAACUGCUGAGCAGAGACUCUCCUUCGGGCAGCAUGAAGGCCGUGCUGCGUAAGGCGGGAGGCACAGGCCCUGGGGAGGAGAAGCAGUUUCUGGAGGUCUGGGAGAAGAACUGGAAGCUCAAGAGCUUCAACCUGUCAGCACUGGAGAAGCAUGGGCCUGUUUACGAGGACGACUGCUUUGGCUGCCUGUCCUGGUCACACUCGGAGACACAUUUGUUGUAUGUGGCAGAGAAGAAGCGCCCCAAGGCUGAGUCCUUUUUUCAGACCAAAGCUUUGGACAUUAGUGCCAGCGAUGAUGAGGUGGCCAGGCCGAAGAAGCGGGACCAGGCCGUCAAGGGGGAUCAGUAUGUGUUUUACGAGGACUGGGGAGAAAACAUGGUCUCCAAAAGCAUCCCUGUGCUCUGUGUGCUGGACAUCGAGAGCGGCAACAUCUCUGUGCUUGAGGGGGUUCCUGAGAACGUGUCCCCUGGACAGGCUUUUUGGGCCCCUGGAGACACAGGUGUGGUGUUUGUGGGUUGGUGGCAUGAGCCCUUCCGGCUGGGCAUCCGCUUCUGCACAAAUCGGAGGUCAGCCCUGUACUAUGUGGACCUCACCGGGGGGAAGUGUGAGCUCCUCUCAGAUGACUCCUUGGCUGUCUCUUCUCCUCGGCUGAGCCCAGAUCAGUGUCGCAUCAUCUACCUGCAGUACCCGUCGCUGGUCCCUCACCAUCAGUGUAGUCAGCUGUGCCUGUAUGACUGGUAUACCAAAGUCACCUCGGUGGUGGUGGACAUUGUGCCUCGGCAACUAGGAGAGAGCUUUUCUGGAAUUUACUGCAGCCUUCUGCCUUUGGGAUGCUGGUCAGCUGAUAGCCAGAGAGUGGUCUUUGACUCUGCUCAGCGGAGCCGGCAGGACCUGUUUGUGGUGGACACCCAGAAGGGCAGUGUGACGUCCCUAACAGCUGGCGGGUUGGGUGGAAGCUGGAAGCUGCUCACAAUUGAUCGGGACCUUAUGGUGGCACAGUUCUCCACGCCCAGUCUGCCCCCAAGCCUGAGAGUUGGCUUCCUGCCUCCUGCAGGGAAGGAGCAGUCAGUGUUGUGGGUGUCCCUGGAGGAUGCCGAGCCCAUUCAUGACAUCCUCUGGAGCGUCCGAGUGCUAAAGCCACCCCCAGAGCAAGAGAACAGACAGUACGCUGGCCUUGACUUUGAAGCAAUCCUUUUGCAGCCCCGUGACCCCCCAGACAAGACCCAGGUGCCCAUGGUGGUCAUGCCCCACGGGGGACCCCAUUCAUCCUUUGUCACUGCCUGGAUGCUGUUCCCAGCCAUGCUUUGCAAGAUGGGCUUUGCAGUGCUACUAGUGAACUACCGUGGCUCCACGGGCUUCGGACAGGACAGCAUCCUUUCCCUCCCAGGCAAUGUGGGCCACCAGGAUGUGAAGGAUGUCCAGUUUGCAGUGGAGCAAGUGCUCCAGGAAGAACAUUUUGACACAGGCCGCGUGGCCCUUAUGGGUGGUUCCCAUGGUGGGUUCCUCUCCUGCCACCUGAUUGGCCAGUACCCAGAGACUUACAGCGCCUGUGUGGCCCGGAAUCCUGUGAUCAACAUUGCCUCUAUGAUGGGCUCCACUGACAUCCCUGACUGGUGUGUAGUAGAGGCCGGCUUCCCUUACAACAGCGACGGCUUACCAGACCGUAGUGUAUGGGCAGAGAUGCUGGACAAGUCCCCCAUCAGAUACAUCCCUCAGGUGAAGACGCCGCUGCUGCUGAUGCUGGGCCAUGAGGAUCGGCGUGUACCCUUUAAGCAGGGCAUAGAGUAUUACCGUGCCCUCAAGGCCCGGAAUGUGCCUGUCCGGCUCCUGCUCUACCCCAAAAGCGCCCACGCACUGUCAGAGGUGGAAGUGGAAUCAGACAGCUUGAUGAAUGCUGUGCUCUGGCUGCACACGCACUUAGGCAGCUGAAGCCCUGCCACGCUGCACGAGCUGGUCAGCUCAUGUCCCACGGUGCUCUUGGGGAGCUCCUGGGUCUGGCAGAGCAGCAAGAGGCUCCAUGGAUGAGUGGGCAGAGGAAUGUAGUCAUAAUAAAUGAGGACACGAG